GUAAAGCCGACAAGAGGAUGUGAAACCAGUCGUGCUUCCUAGGAAACAAACGAAGAACGAGUUUAGCAACUGUUUGACUUCCCUCUGAAGCUUCUUUUCUUCUGGUUUUAAGGUUUCUUCGUCGCGUAGACUUCCUUUUUUUUUAUUUUUUAUUUUAUUUUUCGUCUCUUCGGGUCUAGUUUUAAGUCUCCGCCAUUAUAAAGAUUCGAUCAGAAUACUAUUUGUUUGGGACAAAAACACAGAUAUCAAAGCAAAGGAGGUCCAAAACUUGGAGAUGGGUCUUGCGGGGUUUCUUCUAUUUUUCGUCAAAUAUUGCGUCGAUGUUCUUGCAUGGCCUCUUCUUGCCCUGACGUAUCCUUUAUGUGCUUCCGUAAGAGCGAUUGAGACAAAUUCUGUUUUGGACACUCAAAAAUUGAGUACUUACUGGGUUGUCUUCUCUUUGAUUUUGCUUCUUGAACACACUUUAUCUCUAUUAGAAUGGUUUCCAUUCUGGCCUUAUCUUAGGCUAAUUAUCGUCUGCUUGCUGGAAAUUCCUUAUUUUGAUGGUGCUUUUUAUGUCUAUAAACAAAUUAUGUGUUCAUUGUUCUCAAUGGACUUCCAAAGUAUCAUAAACUGGUUCACCAUCAAACCAAAGGAGUCCUCCGUCGAAAAGGAGAAAAUUCUAGCCGAGGUGGAGAAAUAUGUGAGGGAGAAUGGGACUGAAGCUCUUGAGAAAAUCAUUGCUCCCAAGUCUGGUAGCUCAAAGAAUAUUGAGGUCAGAGAUAUUCAAGCGCUUUCAGUUUCUUCUACAGACAAUGGACGGGUGAAUCAACCAAACUCUAAGGAGCCCCAUGAAGCGAGGAAAGAUAUCAAAGCUGUGGUGGAGAUAAUUGAGAAGAAUCAAGUGAAAGAAACUUCGCAGCCAAACUCUAAGGAGCCCCAUGAAGCGAGGAAAGAUAUCAAAGCUGUGGUGGAGUUAAUUGAGAAGAAUCAAGUGAAAGAAACUACGCAGCCAAACUCUAAGGAGCCUCAUGAAGUGAGGAAAGAUAUCAAAGCUGUGGUGGAGGUAAUUGAGAAGAAUCAAGUGAAAGAAACUACGCAGCCAAACUCUAAGGAGCCCCAUGAAGCGAGGAAAGAUAUCAAAGCUGUGGUGGAGGUAAUUGAGAAGAAUCAAGUGAAAGAAACUUCGCAGGUUAACAGAGGAGAGCCUCAGCUCACUCAGACUAAGAACAAAACUGCCUUACCUACGGAGACUAGAGAAAAAGUUUCCGAAGUUCAAGCAGGAAGAGAGCUUCCUGAGACUCCUGUUUCUAGAAUAGUCCAGAAAGAAUGGACUUGUGCUAUAUGCCAAGUAACAACCGAAAGCGAGGCGGAUUUCAUUUCACACCUCAGUGAUAAAAAACACAAGGGUAUUAUGAACGAGGCAGCGAAUGCGAAGAACCAGCCAGUUUUCCCUGAGGUUGCCCCAUCUUAUAGUCCAGAGAAAUAUGCUCAUCCAGCUGAGGAGGAUCCAGGAAAGAGUUCAGACGACCAGACGGUCUUUCCCAAGGUUGUCUUCUCUCCAAAGAUAUCUGGUCAGUCCACAGGUGUGCCACUGCCAGGAAUCAUUUUCAAUGCAUCGAGCAACAGGUGGGAACCAGGAGUAAUCACGAGUGAAAAGCUUCAAGGCAAGGAGAAGAACGCUGUUCCGGCUUCAAGUACUAGUAAAUCCAAUGAAUGUAAACAAGAGACAAAAACGAGUCUAUCGAAUAGUGAAAUGAAACAGAAAAGUGGCAUAAAGCAUGAGGAGAAGGGGCAUGGAAAAAAAGCAAUGAAGCAAAAGACUGGAACAGUUGGGGUGAAAGAUUUGUCUCUGUGGUGCAGGGUGUGCAAUAUAUGGUGCCCUAGUAAGGUUCACAUGAAAGCUCAUCUUAGAGGGAAAAAGCACUUGAAUGAGGUUCAAUUGUUGGCUGAAAAGUAGGUCGCAUUAAACAUCUGCAAAUAGUUGAAUUUGCUAUAAAACUGUUUUAUACAAUUCUGAUUUAAACUCAAAGGCAUUGUUCCAAAAUCAGGAAAGUGAAUUGAGUUAAGGUGAUUUCUUUUUUAUGAUUUUUUUACUUUUUUUGGAGCAUUAAAACCUAUAUAACCUUAAGUCUCAGGAAAAGUUGGAGAAA